UUUAAUGCACAUGCAGACUUUUUUUUUCAGGUACGCCUAUAAUUUCGGAAUGACGUCCAAAGUGUUAAUCCGGCCAGCACGUAUGUCAGAUUACUCCGCCGUUGUGGAUGGAAUAGGGGAAUUUUACUUUGGCAGGGACUACUUACGACCAAAGUACCCAGAGUUCCUCCAAGAUCCCGAAUUCCUGUCCUUUUUGGCAGAGGUUGAUGGAGAAGUGGUCGGAUUCUACACCGGACAUCUCUUGGACAACAAACAAACACUUGGUAAAAGAGCAGGAAGGAUCAAGCACGGGUUUGAAGGUCAAGGUAUUUUCACCAAGUUGAGUCAUGCCAUCGAGAAGGAAGCGGCAAAAGUUGAAACAGUCAAGUGGGAGGUGAUGACGUGUGCGAAAAAGGCUGCAGAAAGGAUCAGUAAGGGUUUCACCGAACAGAAAGGAUUCAAACUGAUUGUGCACACGAAAGAGUACCAUAUGGACAUCGAGAAGAGCAACAUUCCAAAAGUGGACCCUUCAACUUUUCAGAACGUCCAGGAAAUGACACUCGGGGAUAUGGAAGAAUUUUUCAAAGACGAAGUCACGUGGGAUAGAAUCAUACGCCAAGGCCGAAUAUGUGUUCAUUACGUGCCUUUGCGCCGGGUCAAAGAGAACAUACAGCAUGUCAUCAACCACAGAACGAAAGCUUUCUUGUCUUUUGGUUCUUCAGGGGUCAAGGACGAUGAUGCUCCUGUCGAGAGAGACGUCCGGAAUGCCACCAUGUUCUCCACCAUACACUUCUUCCCAGUGAGCUCGGGUUUGGGUGUUAAUUCUGACUUUUACGGGUCAGUCUACGCAGAUUUGGAAUCCCAUCUACAGAUGCAUAUUCGCCACUUAGCUGAGGUUGAGGACACGAGAAUAAACUGGGCCAUCAACGUGGAUAUAAAUCUCGACUCUGAGGUCACGGAGAGAAUGAAAGAAUGUUUGUCUGCCUACGGAAUAGCUCUCGCACAGAAUCCAAAUUUACUAGAGGAAUUUAUAUUUGAAAGAAAUGUUUCAGCCUCGGAUUCUCAGAUGAAAGGGGCGUUUUAAACACUCAACUAUCCUGCUGUUCCUAGUGAAGCACAUCUAUUUGAGAAUAUUCUGCAAGUGCAGAAAAUCACAACUUAAAGGUUUUUUAACAUGUUCACACUUUCAUGACUUUGAGAAAAUUAAAUAAUGUUGCUGUAUCUCUUCAAAACAUACUGAUAAAGCUUUUAAUUUUUAAAAACC